AUGCUGCCGUCCGGCAUCGCGCUCGCGUCCGCCGUGGCAAGCGGCCUGGCGUCUGCGCAACGGCUGCAUCCAACCAGCCAGCACCUGCAGGACCUGCAGACCCAGUUGCAGCCUGAGUUGGCGACAGAGCGCGACGAGUCAGACCUGGUACACAACCUGCCAGGUCUGGACCCAGCGGCCGACGUGACGCAGCACGCAGGAAGAAUCGCUCUAGACGGCAACGACAAGAGCAAAAUCUUCUAUUGGCACAUCCAAGCCGCCAAAGACGCCGACAAAGUGCCUCUCGUCAUCUGGUUGAAUGGGGGUCCUGGGUGUUCCAGUAUGCAGGGGCUGUUCCUGGGCAAUUCGCCGUUCAAGUUGGUGGACGACUCGACGAUCGGCAGGAACGAGCACAGUUGGCACCAGUUCGCGAACCUUUUGUUCGUCGACCAGCCUGUGGGCACGGGCAUGUCGUACACUCGGGGCAACGACUACCGCGAUGAUGAGAGUGCCGUAGCUGAUGAUUUCCACGAGUUCCUGACCAAGUUCUUGCAGCGACACUCCGAGUAUCUGUCGGAUGGGGAGGACGGAUUGAAACACUCUAGGGCUGUGUACUUGUUGGGGGAAUCGCAUGCGGGACGGUGGAUCCCGGAGUUCUCGGAGCGGAUUUUGCAGAAGAAUAGCAACCCGAACUACCAGAUUAAGAUCGACUUGGGGGGCGUGGGCAUUGGCAACGGAUGGGUGCAUCCACGGAUUCAGUACGAGUACAGUGACUACGCCCACGGCCUUGGACUGUUGACGUUCGGCCAGGUGAGAUCGCUCAAGGCUGACUAUUCUAAAUGCCUGGCACAUCUGGAUUCUGGGACCUACUAUUCGAAAGACUGUUUGGGGAAUAUGGAUGCCAUCACGGACAGUGUCAAGGCUGGAAAUGGAGGAAACAGCCUCAACUUUUACGACGUGCGGCAAUAUGUACACAGCGUUGGCGCGUACCCGUCGGGUAAAAACAACAUUGUCAAGUACAUGAACAAGAUGGAAGUACGCAAGGCUGUGCAUGGAAACGAGGACAAGAACUUCCGCUUUGAUCUUUGCAGCAACGGAGUGUGGCGGGCGCUGUCCAAGUUUGAUGGCGUGAGCACACUGGACAAAGUGGAGUCGCUGCUUCAAGGCGGGCUUCGGAUGCUCUUUUACAAUGGGCAAUGGGAUAUGAUGUGCAAUCACUACGGGACUGAGAAGCUGCUGCUGAAUUUGAACUGGAACGGAUCGGAUGAGUAUCAGCGUGCCAACAAGUUCACGUGGCGAGUGUCAGGUCGCAAUGAACCCGCAGGGUUUGCACAACAGGGUGGCAAUUUGACUUACGUGGUGGUUACCGGUGCGGGACACAUGGUGCCUAUGGAUGUGCCUGAUGUGGCUGCAGACAUGUUGCACCGCUUCGUGAACAACCUCGAGUUCAACGAUAAACAGCAAAGCGUCCUUAACACGCGCUUGAACGCGACCGACCUCGAGGUUUCGUUGUGUUAUCCGCCAUCGGAUGCGGCCGCUACAGACGUUGCCUACUCCACCCAAGAUCAGGCAGGCGGAAGCAGCACUCACGUACACAUCGGAAUCACGUGGCUGUGGGUGGCGCUGGUCAUCGCUGCAGUAAGCAGCAUUCUGGCCGUGUGCGUCACGCUUGCUUGCCUGCGCAAUAGAAGGCACGGGCAGUCGAACCAUGAAAUGAUCACCCAAGUGAGCGACGAUGAAGACGAGGGCCAACUGGACGAUGAGGACGAGGAACAGUAUUCUGACGAGGAAGACGUCGGGGAACGUGUACCCGUCAAUAGUGUGAGCCAGCGAGCCCCAAGUCCUCGCUCUCGUGUGACCGAGGUAUAA